GCACCUCUCUAGAUAGUGUAAUGAUAUCGCUGUUCCUUGUUACAUUUCAAUAUAUGAAGUUAUAACGUUGUGUAAAUAGGAAAGAUUAAACAGAUUCUCAGAUUAUAAUUAUAUUCUUUUAAACAGUGUUAUUAAAGAUUAAAGUUUCUAUAAUGGCUUUACAAUUAUAUCCGUCAGAAAUAUAUUAUUCACAAGACAGCAUUAGCUGUCAUUUCUCUGACGGAAAUCUAAUUGGCGAGACACUUGACGAAUUAUGUGAGGGCAGGCUCAAAGUAUCUGACAUAGAUCCAAUCUCGGUGACGAAAGUAAAUGGUCAGUGGAUCACAUGGAAUAACAGGAGAUUAUGGGUAUUUCGUCACCUAGAAAGAUUCGGCAAAUGCAGCAGAAUUGCAGUCAACAAUAUGGUUUCACUGCCCAAAUAUUUCCACAUGACAUCCAAAAGUGGAGGACAAACCGUUGAAGUGAGAGGUGAACCAGGUGGCCGGUGGCAUAAUCAGCGUUCCGCUUGUUCUAUUUGCUGAAAUCCGGAUUAAGUCUUCUUAUGUUUAAGCUGCCGUAGAGACACUGACUAUAUAAUUUUAUAACUACACAUGAAAAAAAAAUGAGAUUUAAAUAUUUUGUAAUGAUAUGAAAAACGCAUACCAUACGUCUAUAGAAUACUUUUAUACUGAUACGAAUUUUAGAAUCAGUGAUUGAAAUAUUCAGAAUUUCAGUGUAAAUGAAAUGAUAAAUACACAUGAAUGUUUAAUUAUAAUUAUUGGCGCCGCCGGGAACGGCGGUCUUACAUGGAAUGUUUCAAAUGACCGAGAGUUACCUUGUAGGAGCGGUUUAUGGAUGUGCUACAUGUAUAAAGAAUGCUAAUGUCAAUGUAUCUUAUACGUUCAAAAUGUUAAUAUUCUGACACAAAAAAAUCUUUAAUUAAAGCAUAUUUUUUUCUCAUAAAA